ACACUGACAGAUUGAAAACAGACACAAAUAUCUUGAUAUUUAUUGUUUACAGGGUGGAAUUUUGUCACACAUUCGUCAAAAAGCAGCGCUGGCAGUUGCAGCAGAAUUGCCUGUCACAUGACUGUGUACACGAACCGGCAUGGACAACCGUUGUUUUUGUUGUACGUCAAAGUUCAGCCUCUUCAAGAAGGAGCUGGGCUGUAAGAAUUGUGGCCGCUCCUUCUGCUCCAGCUGUCUGACUUUCAGUGCUGUGGUCCCUCGCUGGGGCACCGCCCAACAGAAGGUGUGUAAACAGUGCCAUGGCAGUCUGACAAGUGGACAGCCUCAAAACAGUGCCGGAAGAUGGUCUCCUCCCGAAAACUACAAAAAGCGAGUCGCUGCUUUUGAGGCCAGACAGCCAGGACCAUCAACACAGUCUCUUGCACAUGGAGGUACUAGUAGACCGAGCAAAGUAGGACAUCUGCCAGCCAAGGGCCUGAGUAAAGAAGAUCAGGCUAUUGCUGAAAGACUUCAGAAGCUCAAAGAGGAAACUGCACCAAAGUCUAUCCCCUCUGAAAAAGAGAUUGAAUCUCGCCUCGCUGCUCUAAAAGCUCCGAGUCAGACGGUGCCUUCUGCAGAGGAGAUGGAAGACCGUUUGGCAGCUUUACGUGGCCAACCUCCACCAUCUCAAGCCCCUCCACCUGUGCACCAACCUCCGGAUAAAAGGACACAGACUGAACAAGCCAAUGAUCUCCUUAGACAGGUGACGGACGAGGUUGCCAUUGAUGACCAGCAAGCAAAUCCUGAUUUCAAUGCUCUCCCUGCAGAUGUUGCAGGCCGCAUGAACGAUCUUAACAGGGGGGAAGAAGGAAUACUAGACGAGAAUCUGGAGGAGAACCAGGAUGCCCAACAGCAGCUGGAGUCUGAAAAGGCACGUCUUCUGGAGGAGGCCAUGGAGGAGCUGAGGAAGGAGCAGCAUUCGCAGGAUCAGAUCCUGCACAUGGCCAAGAGGUUGGCCCAGUUGAAGGGGCAGGACCCAGAUAAAAUUACCAUGGAGAAUUUCCAGCAUCCUGACAGUGAGGAGGAGACUGAAGAGGAAGCUGUAACGAGAGUGUUAAAGCAGCUCUCAGAAGAGGCUGCUCUUGAUGAGGCCAGUGGCUAUAACAUACCUUUUGAACAAUGUGGACCAAGGAACACAGAAAAGAAGAAAACCUCAAAGAAACUGACACAGGCUCCGGGACCCAAGAGCAGGAUUUCACCAGCUGCCGUAACACAUCAGCCCUCAGACAGUGAUGAAGACGAACUCCCGUGGUGUUGCAUCUGUAAUCAUGAUGCCACAGUUCGCUGCCACACCUGUGACGGGGACCUUUACUGCAACCGCUGCUUCAGGGAAGGCCAUGAUAAAUAUGACAGGAUGGAGCAUCGCACUACAAACUACACUGCGCCAAAGAAGAAGAGGAAGACAUGAUAGCUAAGCUGUGUCGUACAUGUUUGCCAUAUCAGGCUGUUGACAGUUAUUAUCCUUAGACUUGUGCUUUGGCCUUAAGUGACUUAACAUACAUAGUUUUGAAAAAAAAAAAAGAAAGAAGAUGUUUCUCAAAAUAUCUGCCUGCCACCUGUUAUUUACAGCGACCCAUAACACCUCAUUUUAACCUCUCAUUCAAUCUUUCAAAAUGAUCUGUCAUCACAUAGACAACAGAAAGGCUAGCAUUUGUGUCCUGUAAUUUAAAAAACACUAAUGUAGAUGAACUGAAUAACUAAAGUACGUAUGUGUAAGAUGUAGUUCAACAAAUUAAAUAUGUGGAAGAUGUUCUCUUAUUUUCCCCAUAAUGUAUAAAAAAAUAAGUGAGAGGGCUGCUCAAAAGUGUUUCUAUUUUAGUAAAUCUUUGUAGCUUCUGCAUGAAGUAAAGGCACAAUUCAAGAUUAAGUUUUAUUUCUGUCACUUGCUUAAAUGCAACAAAGGCUCAUCUCAGACUCUUUAAAUAGAAGACAGACAUGUCAUGAGCUCGUCUGGGAUGAUGUAUAGUCCCAGACAACUGUCGUGCAGUCAGUAUAAAAGGAUUACUGAUGGAUUUGUUUUCACUCUUGUAAUCUAUGUUUGGCUGUGAGUCUGACAUGAUUGUUGCCUGUCGUGUCCUCGUGUUGUAAUGUCAUUAUAAAAGAAUUGAACGCGUUACGGUGCUAUGUCACAUCAGUUUUUUUAAGUUUUAUUUUUUAACACUAGAGCCUUGGAUUUUGGAUCAAAGUUAUUGCUGGACAAAAUCGUCUAAGUCUAACAUCUUGUUAGUGUAGACGGCCUCCGUGUCGGAGGAGAAGCACAAGAGAAAAUGGGGGUUGAACCGAGCAAAUUACUAUAAUGGAGCCCUCAGCCGGAAGACCCUCUCUGCGUGUGUGUGUCAGAGAGAUGGCCAGAGUGCAGUUUCAUCAGUGUGCAUUACUGUCUCGCUAACUGAGGAGAAACCAUAAUUACACUCUCCUCUAGGGUCUUGCUCCAUUAAGGUUCGUAUGGAGGCCGUUACUGUGUUUGCCUUUUUCUGGCCUUGUCAUACACACACACACACACACACACACACCGCAGACAGGAAAUGGAUGAGGAUAAUGGAUGCAUACUUAAUGGACCCUUCCUGCUCCUGAUUUUUGCUGUGUUUACUCCUGGAUGUGUCAUGUCAAUGUCUCCCUUUGUCUUCACCACUAUAGAUAAAAGCAGAAACGUGUAUCUCGGGAAUGUUAUACUGUCAGCUGCAGCAGAGUCAACGGCAAACAAGCAAAAGCAAAAUGUGUGCUUUAGAGCAGUAGUAAUAGAAACAUUAAGAAAUGGUACGCUGUAUUCCAGUCGGGGACUAUAUAAUAUGCUAUAUAUGUUAUGGACAUGUCAAUCUUGAUGUUGUAUAACGGGAGAUGAAUGAUUUCUGAUACCCGUUGUUUCAGUCACCUGAUAUGCCGUGCUUGGGGGAAUCACAUUCAACAGCCUUGUCUUGAAAAUGUUCAGUUUUAUUUCAACUUACAACACUGUUAUCAGAACAAAAAAAUAUUUAUGUACAUAAAUAGGCAACUGAAAAUGUACAGUGUCUUACACAGAAAAAAAAAAACAACUGUCCGUCACAUUACGGCUUUUAUCUCGUGUGCAUCAUUGGUUUAUGUUAUAGCAGUCCAUAAAUUAAAGUGAAAUAAUAGCAAUAAUAAUAAUAAUAAAAAACAACAUUGAAAACCCC